UGAUCCAAUCUUGAGGAAGUUGCAUGAAAGACCCUUCACAGAUUUGUGGAAAAAUUGGAGUUUCUGUUGUAAACAUUUUUGAUGUGCUGAACGUUCUUUGUGUGUUUGGUGGGUCGUGUUUUGUUGCUCAGUGUUUUCUGUGAUUCUCAGUAAAAAGCCAUUGGGUUAUUUUAAUCAAAGGAAAAUUUCUUUGUUUUGUUUUUCUUUUGAUGAAAGAAUUGGAACAUUAUAAUCAGCAGCAUCUUCUAUCUGUGGUGAUACGUGUGUGUCAUAUUGAAAGGCUUUGUUUCAUCUGAACAAUUAAGUAUUUUACUUGGAUUAGUUUGUUUGAAAUACAGUAAAUUCAAAGUGAUUCUGUGGGAAGGAUUUAUGUUUCAUGAUUGGGUCCAUCUAUGUAGACAAGAAGUAAUCUCCUGUUGACACAAUCUCCUCAUGUUGAAGCAGCAGACAUCAAUUUGAUCAGGGUCCAUCAUGAGCUUGCAUUGCCAGUCCUGGGCCAUAUUGGCCUUGAUUGCAGCCCUCUGUCUGACACAGAGCACUGCUCAAGAAAAAGAUAGGGCCCCAGAAUGGAAGGAGGAUUCGGACCCCUACAUAAACAAGCCCUCAGUACGGGCUCUGGAAGGUUACGAAGUCAAGAUGUCAUGUCCAGUCAAGGGCCGCCCCAAACCGGAUGUGGUCUGGUACAAAGACAACCAGCCAUUCUUCCCACGAGCUGCUCAUAUUCGCCUCAAGGGCAAUAACCUGAAGUUCGAGAACUCUACUGUGUCUGACUCUGGAAACUACACCUGUGUGGCUCAAAAUACGCUCGGGAAAAUAGAGUUCACGUACAUUGUAGAAAUUGAUAAGAAAGUGUGGCCGUUGGAAGUGGAGGUGUCGUCCAACAUCACGGUGGUCGAGGGAGAAAGUGCCAGCUUCUACUGCAGAGUCCUCAAUGAUAAAAACGCCAAGAUUCAGUGGCUGCGCUUUGAGAGAACUGGAGGCCCGAACCCCCCUCCACCCAGAUACUUAGCCAGUGCAGAUGAAAGCCCGGAGAUGUUAGUGCUACAUGACAUCGGGCCGGCUGACGCGGGGCAGUACACGUGUCUGAUAGGCAAUGAGUUUGGUUCCAAGUACCAGCACAUGUACCUCACUGUACUGAAACCCACUACCACCACCUCCACAACUACUACCACCACUACGCCAACCACAACCACUACAACCACAACAACAACAAUACCUACCACCACAACAACAACAAGGACUACCAGCACCACUACACGAGCGACAACAAUGGCUCCAAAGAAGAAAAGUGACCCUAAGAAGAAAAACAACAAGAAUAACAAAAAGAAGGACAAGAAGAAAAAGAAUAAGAAGAAAGAUAAAGCCAAGAAUAAAGAUAAGAAUGUGGAGAAAUAUAACUUUGAUGAUGAUGUUAUUGACCCGGACAAUGAUUUUUACGGUAAAAAUAAUAUUGAUAACAACCAAUACAACAUCCAUUACAACUCUGGUGGUGGGUUCAACUCCAACACCAACAUGUACGAGCCUAUGAGACCUCCGUGGAACGAAAAUGACGACAAAAUUGAUGAUGACGAGGAGGAAGAGGAGGAGGAAGGAAACGUUGACUAUGUGCUGACAACAAGAACAGUAGAGUUUAAAAAUCCUUCAGUUGAGAAAAAUCCAUCCGGAGACUCGUCGGCACGAAAUGCCUCAAAGACGGCGUCCACUGAAGAAGGGGAGAUAGGAGUCUGGACGCUGUAUAUCAUAGUCGGGUCUGUUGCAGGGGGCGUGUUGCUAGCUGGCCUUGUUGCUAUAGCGAUAGCAUUGUGUUGUCAGCGGGAGGAGGAAUCUCCAUACAAGUCUACGUCAGUUUGACUAUGACGCCAGGGUGCUGGGAACGAACAACUUCCGAGGGUCACCAAUGAAUAUGUGGCGCCUUGGGCUGGGCAUGAUGUGUAGACAUGAACACUUGUCUAGUACUUAACCCAUUAUCACACUGAUAAAUUUAAAGACUUUCUUACUGGAUUCCAGUUUAAAAGGCUUCAUUUGGAACCCAAAGAUACUGAGAGCUGCAAACAGCGUAAAACCUGAACAGAGUGCAAGUUACUUACAGGCUGUUCUGGUUUUAUGCUGGUUGCAUCUAGCCAUUUAAAAUUUUCCUCUGAGUGGGAAAGUGUUUAUGUUCUAUCAGGUAUGGUCCCUCUGAUUUAAUGGACUUCAAUGGAAUAUCAUGUUAUAGUUAUAGUUCAACUACUCUUGACUGGAAAGAAAGUUCGAUGUCUUAAAAAUCUUUUACAGGAAGUGGAAGUUGUUCACUUGCAAACACCCUCAGCACCCACUGGUUGUAAAGACAACCAGACUUAUUGACAGUGCAGAAUGAAAGAGACAUUCUUGAUAUGCUUGGUAUAUACAUGUAAAAAACAUUGUUCACAUGUUGGCAUUCAUAUUUGGUAUGUACUUGUGAAAAACAUUGUUCACAUGUGCAGAAAAUUUACAAAAAUAUUGUCAACAUUUUAUGUGUUGUGUUGAUUAUAUAUUUAUGUAUUAUACAAUAUUGAUAUUAGCUUUUGCACUAUGAUGGUUUAUUGAUUUUAUACGAAAUGCGUGUUGUUUUUCUACAAUACAAUAUACAUGAAGUAUUUUGUUGUGAAUCCGAUUUUAAGCAUAAAUUAUAUUAUUUAUCAUAAUUUUUAAUUUCACAGACAUAAAUGCUGGUCUUGUUUUAUAUUAGCAUUACAUCUUUAAAGGAUUAUAGUUUUAUCUUUAAGAGAUCAAUCUUUUUUAUUGCAAGUUAAAUACUUUGUGGGUUAUGGCAGUGAUCAACUUGUCAUGCGAAAAUUGGUCUUAUGAUAGUCUGGUCAAUACCCACCCUUCAUGGUGGGCAGGUAUGCUCCUGACCAUUGUGCACGAAUCUGCAUGCUUGUCUGGAACUACACUUGCCUCAUAUUGCUUAAGACCCAUUUUCGCAAAACACAGAUUUUAUUGUGAAGUUUGUUUCUGCCUAUAAAUUCACAUACUCAGUCUGUAAUUACUUAGGGUACAUAGAUUCUUAUAUGUACAUGUAUAAGUCUUUAUAAAAUUGUAAACCUACUCGUACAUUUAUCUGUUUGAAAUAUACAUGUAAGCUGUGUUGUGCAAAAAUGGGCCUAAGAAAAUAUUGAAACAGUGCAUAUCCAAUUACUCAGAUGAAGAGUAACAAUUUGGCCUAAUAAGAAAAGGAACAUUUCAAGGCUAUAGGGACUGGGUAGCUACUGAAUGCACAAUCUGGUUUGAGUUAAGCUGGCUUCAUUUGGCAUAAUACCCUUUUUCGUGUGAUGUGGCUCAUACAUGUAUGCAUUCUUCAUUACUGUACAGACCAUUCACAUUUUCUGUGGUGCAAUAUUUUAUAAACAGUUAUUUUUAGAACUCAGGAAAAUAUGUGUCAUACUUUUAACUGAAAUUGCCAUAUUUUUAUUAUAUUUUCUACUAAUUUUUAGGCUGCCAUUGUUUUAUGUAUUAAUUAACAUCGAACUAGUAUUGUUGUAAACUUGCUUUUAAUUGUUAGACUGUAUUUUUACUGCAACAGAGAAAAUUGUUGGUUUUCUGUAAAACAAGAACUUAAAAUCAAGUAAUUCAUGAAAUAUCAGUGGAAAUAUUUAUCUCCUAAAUUUUUCAAAUUGUUAA